AUGACGGAGUUGACACGCCUACACUCCGCCUGGGAUGUUGACCGGCAUAUUGUGCUUGAAGGCGAGAAACUUGUACUUAUCCGCUUCAGUCAUUACGGUGAAGCGACGGAGCAGGAAGAAGACAUGGCACACACACUUUCCACACGCCAAAUAGAUGAAGUACUUGUCGCACUCGCACCAAAGGUACGGAAGUAUUGCACAAUUUAUGUUGUGUCUACGCUGGAGGUGCCUGAGUUCAACGUCAUGUAUGAAUUGGGUCACAGCAGAGAGCCCUUCGCCGUGAUGUUCUUUUACCGAAACGCACAUAUCCGUGUGGAUGUGGGGACGGGGAACAAUAAUAAAAUCAAUUUUGUUGUAUCGGAAGAUGAACUGUUAUCCAUCGCUGACGCAGCGUACCGUGCGGGGAGAAGUGGAAAGACGAUAGCAUACUCGGAAAAGAAAUUCACAACAGCUGCUGUACGCCGUUAG